AGGACAGUUGAGCUGUGACGUCAUUAGCGCCACGAAAAGGACAUUGGGCGGUUGACUUGUGUCUACAGUAACCGUUACAAAGACAUUGAAUUGUUGAGCUUUAUCCAUAGUAGCCAUCAAGAUUAUUGGAGAGUUGAUCUGGCACUGCAGUUACCAUAUAUAUACAUUGGACAGCUGAUCUGGCACUGUAGUUGCCAUAUAUAUACAGUGGACAGUUGAUUCGUUUCAAUUGUAAUCGACAAGGGGAGAAUGGACAGUUGAGCUGUGUCCUUGGUAGCCGUCAAACGGACAUUUGACAGUUUAUAUGUGUCUAUAGAAGCGGCCAUAAGUGUGUGACCGGUUACCUUAGUUUUCGACGGUUUAUACAGGUUUUGAGUUGUAACAAUGUUGCUGUAUAGCGGGUUGGUAGUCAUCCUGAUAGCAAGUGUCAACACCGAAGAUGUCUUCAUCAGCAGAAGUGAUGGGAUUUACCAUGUCGUGCUACGAAAUAAUGCCAUCACAAGCUCUAACCGUGUACUGAAGAGUUCCAAUGGAGAAAUAAUAGCACUGGCGAUCGACACCCACGACUCACUGCUGUUCUGGUAUGACAGCUCCACAGGAAAGGACGGUAUUUACAAAGGCAAUGUCAUUGGUGACGGUGUAACGUCUACCACGGUAGUUGUCAACUAUCCGGAAAUGUACGUCACUGGUCUUGCAGUUGAUUGGGUUAUCAAACAUUUGUAUUGGACCGACUCUUUCCACUCGUUUGUAACGGUUUCGGAUUAUUCUGGAAAUAAUCGCGUGGUGGCUGUGACGUCCAAACUGAUGUUACCAAGAGGAAUAACCGUCGAUCCAAUCAAUAGAUCUUUAUACAUCGGGGACCAGGGGGCUCACCAAAUCAUGAAGUGUGCUAUGGAUGGUCUCUUCUCUUGUACCCAUAUAUCUCCUGCCGUCUGGCCAAAUCAGCUGUUUGCUUCUACAAGAAACGUUUCGUGGACAGAUGGAUGGUCAAAUAAGUUUGUCAGUUGUUCGUCAGAACUGUCAAACUGUUAUGCCAUAGCGGUCAAUACGCAACGCCUCAACAACGGAAACAUGACGUCAUUGUUUGGAAUGGUCAAGACAGACUCGGGGCAAAUUGUGUCCAUCUUAAACGAUUUAAUCACCAUAUCACUAAGAGAUAACAGUACGAGUGAACGAACGGGUGUUGGCAACACGUACUACAUUAUGUCCACCAGUACAACUACACAACCGACAAGACAAACAAAUCCAUGUACAAACAACAACAUGGGUUGUUCCCAGCUGUGCUUCUCCGAUUCUAGUGACCGGUACCGAUGUAGCUGCUCCUCCCUGUCAACCACUGUUAUCGCAACCGACGGCAAGAGUUGUAGCCUUCCAAGCAGAACAACAAAGUUCCUGCUGUACGCUGAAGAAGGCAGAGGUCAAAUUGGGUUGGUUUCCACAACCUUGAAGGGACACACGGUGAUAGCGUGGUCUCCCAAACCAAGAGCCCUUGCGUAUGACCCACUAGACAAGAUGGUGUACUUCAGUGAUACGAAAUAUCAGACGAUUUCUAAAGUUGGACUGAACGGAAGUUCCCUAGCUGUAUUUCUAUCCAAAGAAAACAAUAUUGGAAAUGUAGAAGCAAUGACACUAGACCUGAAGCAGCGUCGUCUUUACUUCAUCAAUCGGUUUGAGUGGGAAGUGAAUAACACGACCAGGAGUAUGGCCAGGAUCGAGAUGGCAGGGCUCACAACAAAUGAAAGAGUUUUGAUACGUCACACAGAAGACAGCAUUUCUGAUAUUGAAAUCAUUCACCAUCAAACAGCAUCCUAUCUAUACUACUCUGUCGGUGAUCCAAGCCCAGCUGUGUACAAGAUGUCCCUGGACGGAAGGAAGAGGGUCCCUUUAAUCCUGCCCGGUCUAGUCAACCCUACUCGACUAUCUAGUAGUGGAGAAACCCUGUUUGUCCUGAACAACCAAAAGUUGAUAAUCUGGUCGGGUGCUGUAGCAGUCGAGCACAAUAUCACAAGCCAGGCUGUGUCCAUGACAGGCGAGACCCGGAACGUUUAUCUCAGCUCAGGAAGAUUUUCCUUGUUCAAGUUUAACAGACUAAGUGAGAGAGCAGGAGAUUCUGUUUCUGCUGAUGUAGAUCCAGUAGACAUGCUCUAUGUUGACACUCGAUCAUCAGGAUCAACAGCUGACCCCGGGUUAUGUAGUGACACUAACCUCUGUAAGAGUUCCAGUGUCUGCAUCAAAACGGACAACCCCGAUAUCGUUCGCUGCAAGUGCCCAGCUAACAAAUUUAACACACCGAAAGACGGCAGCAGGGAGUGUCCAGAGCCAACAAAAUAUCUACUGGUUAGUGACGUAGACGGCAUAAAAAUGACGUCAUUUGACGAUGUGCUGAAGAAUGUCUACACAAUAGUGCCUAAUGAAGAUGAGUGCAAUCACUACCAUGGUUUGGCUACAGAUGGACGACGGAUAUUCUUCGCUGGUUACGACGGAAAAAUCCUUUAUACGGCUUCUUUAAAGGGUGAGGAUGCUGCAGUGUUGAUGGUGCUUAGGAACAUGACGGUGUUAAACCUGGCCUAUCACGACAACACCCUCUACUGGACAGGUCACUACGACUGUUACAUGUACAACGGGUCGUUAGGAGGCACUCUUCAGUGCGAUAACUUUGAGGGGAAACUUGGCGGUGUAUUCAGCCUCGAUGUCACUCCCGGCUCAUCUACAGAACGGCAGGUCAACACUUUAGUUGCAGAUAUUGAUGACCCACAAGGUGUACUCGCCGACUCCAGCUUCGUGUAUUGGUCCGACCAAUCAGUUGUAAAACGUCUGAGCCUCCGCGAUACAUCACCAGCUGCUGCCAUUUUCUCGCGAACACCCAAUGUUUUCGCACUUCAACAAAAUAAACAACAGACUCACCUGUUUCUAGGUGGGCCGGACAUUACGUUGACACUGUUCGCCUCUGAAAAUAAUCACUCUGAGGUAGUAUACUCAGGCUUGUCCGACGUCCGUGGCCUAUCAGUACAAGGCUCAUUGGUGUUCGCUUCAGACUGGAGCAACAGAACUGUCAUACAAUAUGACUUACGCACACAUCAGACAAGGGUGGUCGCCCAUACCCUAGGUCGCCCUGGCCAAAUCGUAGCGUUUGGACUGGAUACGAGUAUUACAGACAAGCCUGGCAAAUGUCCCAAAGAGACUUGGUGUAGCAGUGUGUCCAGUGUACAGUGUCAGCACGAUGUGGACUGCGUCGAUGGCUUUAGGAGUAAAUGCUGUCUGACAUACGUUAACAACGUGUGUAGGAGAGAAUGCAUCCCCCCUGUGGCUGAAUCUGCCUGUAACAUCACCUUUGACGGUCAGCCGUCCUUCACGUGGGGAUACGAAACGGUCACUAACGACAAAUGUACCGCUUGUGAGUGUACAAUGGACGGACGAUCCCAGUGUUCCCCUGUUCAGUGUCCUUCCCUAGUCGGAUGUGGCUUCAUCAUCAAGGAACCAGGAACGUGUUGCUCUGUUUGCCGUGAUAUAACAACCUGUGAAGCGAACCCAAACAUCGUGGGUUGCCCAGCCAAUAGUAUUGAAGUGCCUCUAUCAACCGCGCUGCCAGACGGCAACCCGGUGGUGCCAGUGAAAGUUUCACUGCAAAAUCACAGAGCAGUGAAGAAUAUAACCGCAUUCAGUUGUAACCUGCAGGAAAUCACUAAUAAUAAGAAAACUCUGAUGCCGAGCUUUGUUACGUGGCAGAAGGAGGAGCAGAACGUGUCCCUGAUAGCAAACGAUGACAAUGGUAUAGCGAGGUGCGACAUGAUAGUACGGAUAUUGGAUACCACAAAACCUGUGUUCGUUAGUUCUCCGAACGAUACCAUAGUGACUGUUUUCGCCGAGGACAUACAUGGUGCUCCAGCGUUUUGGACGAACCCUGUGGCUUAUGACAAUUCCGGGUUUCCGCCGACAAUAACGACAAAUAACCGCACCAACGGGGCGCUGCUUCCACCUGGUUUCCAUGAGGUCAGAUACAAAGCUUUGGAUAGAGCAGCCAAUAGUGAGAGCAUCAAAUUCUACGUCAACGUCUCCUUGAUACCAGACCUUACAUGUUCCUCGCCGCCUUUCUUUAAUCACGGGGCAAUGGAGUGUUCAAAAGGAGCCGACGACGUCAUAUCCUGUACAGCAAAGUGUCAUAAAGGCUUUACCUUCAAAAGCGAAUUCAACGAGAAACACUCUUGUGUAAAAGGGCAAUGGAAACCAGCCUUCCAACCUCAUUUUUCAUCUGCUUGUUUCGCACCACAACCUACGAUCUUGAAGCUUUCGACAUCUAACAAGAUUGACUGUAAGGGAAAACAGAUAACAGCGGACGACAUCGUCGAAUGUCUACGAACCCGAAUGCCAUGUAAUAGAGAGAACAUCCUUCUGUGCGAAAAAGAAGCAAUCCUCAUUGAGAGAACUGUCUCUGGUACGACAGUGAAUGUUCAGGUGUCCGGAAAAGUACCUUACAUAUCGGACAACCCUGAACCGCCUCUAGAUGAAAUGAACCGGACAUUAUCGACCAUAGCUUCAGGAGUUGAGCAACUUUUCAGUACUGAGGAACUAGUAAAAUUCUGCCCAUCCCUGGAGUGCUCCUUCGUGCAAAAAAAAGGUCGUACGUUCCAGAAGACAUGUCAAAAAGGGGCGGUGGCUUACAAUGUGGCCGGCAGGUCGAUCUGUGGCAAGUGCCCCCCUGGUACUCGCUUCCUGGAGACUAACGGGCAGUCUAAGUGCGAGUUCUGCGUAGCAGGCAAGUAUCAGGACGAACAGGCUCAGACCGACUGUAAAAUGUGCCCUAGUGACCGUCGUUACAGCAAGGCUGGAAUUUGGCUUAAAGAACACUGCACACAAAGCCUGCUUCCUAUCGACCCGGAAUCUGAAUCGCUGGUCCCAAUUGUGAUCGGCGUGCCAGCCGGAAUAUUCUGUCUCAUUCUCGUGCUUGUCAUCAUACUUUUCGUUGUCAAAAAACGAAAGGCGAAAAAAAUGUUCGUUCAUUCCCAUACGAAUCCAGUCUUCAAUGUGUCCGGAGACGACUAUGACAGUAUCCCAGCGGACCAGAACGAUCCCAACUAUUCCAGUUUGAUUGGGGUGAAGACCGAUACAGCGAGCCAGUACGCCAGUCUGGGAAAGUCUACACCGGUCAAGUACAACAAGAACUCCGGUGGCGCAGCGGCAGUGGAAUGCGAUCAUAAUCCAUAUGACUUGGCCGGAGAGAAGAACCCGUACGACGAUUUAAAAGUAAAUAACUCGGCAGCUGAAAAUCCCUAUGAUAGUACUACAUCGUAAUGUAUGUGCCAUUACUAUACGGGGAGUCUGUUACUGUGUAAUGUUGUAGCGGAAAGGAGUGCUUUGAUUCUGAUUCGGCGCAAAGGAUUAUAGAACAAAAUGUACGUUGAAAA